AUGAGAAUAGAGGAAGCGAAGGAGAGUAGAUACACUAAUUUGAUUAAUUUGUUUUCAGGUUUUAUUGUUUUCGUGGGCAGUUUUACCAUAUUAGGCUGUAUUUGGAAUCCAGAUUACACGAAUAUCGAAAUUUCCAAAAUAGUCCGAGUUAUGUACCUUUAUGACUCGAAAGCUUGUAGUUACAAACUUAGUGAUGAGGAAGGCAUCAACAAUAUGAUUCUCAGCAACGAUACUCUGGGAGGAAAGUUCAUUUACCCCAUUAGAUGGACUCCAUGCGUUAUUACUGUAUCCGCUCGAUUAUCUGCCAGUUUUAGACAUCAUAUACACAACACCAUAGUUAUUCAUGCGAUCUGGUUUGUCCUCGCAAUCUGUCUUGGCUUAGUGGUCCGUAAACAAUUUGACGACAAAAUCAAAUUAACCAAGAUUGUUAUAUACGUUUUCUUGAUUAUGUCAGUUGCGGUCGUCGUAUUCGAUAUAUCGAUGGCUAUAAUAUAUGUCGUCCAUAUUCAAAAAAGCAUUACUUAUAGCAUGGUAAUCAGACACGCUGGCUGGAGCCUAAAUUUGAAAAUAUCAGAUCCAGAUGGUUUUGGAGGAUGGAUUGUGAUCGUAGCGUCUAUUUGCUGGCUACGUGGAUUAUUCUUCACUGCUAUGAAUAUGUAUGUUUGCAAAGUCAUGAACACUAUCCGGUUUAGAAUUUUGAAGAAGGAAGUAAGAUCUAGAAUGAUGCGAGAGGGAAAUCUCCCGUUCCCUGAGCCCGCCCCUGAAAAACUUGUUUUCUACAACACAUUGUACUUUCGUUCGCGUGAAAGCCAACCUUGUUUUAUAUAUAAUAAUGAUGAUUUUGAAAAGUAAACAGAUUUGUAUAUUUAUCCAAACGCGAUUAAAAGCAAUUUAUGAAAAAUGCUACUUUAGCAAACGCGAAAUUAAAUUA